AUGAACGACAUCGCGAAACCUAUUCGACUCCGCAGCAAUUUCAAAGUAUACAACGUUGGGAUGGGAACAGCAAAGAACCUGGUAAUUCACAACUUCAACAUAUACCUUCGAAAAUCAAUUCAAGAGAUAUUCGAUCAGCAAAAGAUCGCAGAAGUACGAGCAGAAGACUUGAGUAUGGAUAUUACAAAACCUUAUGAAGGAAAAUUAUCGAAUUGUCCAUCUCCAGGUGAAAAAUUCGCUACUAUAUUACAGUUCCAGGAAAGGUACCGAGGCAAAAAAGGCGGCAAGUAUAUAACAGCUGUUUUUGCUUACGUAUACAUGGAAAUUACGGAAAUAUGUGAAAAUAAUUGGAUUGCGGACAAUGAACGAAGCUUCACUUAUGAAUUAAGAAUUGAAUUGAGUGGAGUGUCAAUCGACGAAAAUCAGGCAAAUAAACUUGGAGAAUUAAUUUCGCGUCAUGGUGUUCCUGGAUCCAUUGAUUACAUUGAAGGAAAAGCGAAGAUAACAUGGGACGAUUUAUAA